UGUGCGUGCCCGAUGGUCCUGACGCGGACGCGCACGUAGCUGUCAGUAGGAAAUGCAGGCGGCUGGUGAUGGCUGUGCCCCAGCCGCUAGCCAGGCGUUAUAUCGACUAGGAUAAUUCAAGCAAGCAAAGUCCUGUUGGCUUCGGAAUGAAAGAUAACACAACGUGCGCCGCUUGAUGAAGAUUGAAAUCGUCUCAACGGCUCGAUAUGUCGGACGGCACCCGCGGCAUUGAGCUGAGCUAGCUAGGCUAACAACAACAGAACACUACCGCUAACCGCUAAGCUCAAGCCGAAACAAGCUAAGGUGGCUAGCGGCUAACUUAGCUAGCUAGCUCGCCAGUUGCAGGACAAUCGCGCUUCCAGGUUCUCACCCCGCUCAGCUGUUCCUGUCGCCCGGCCUCGUCUUUUCGUGGAUUUUCAUCAAACGGAGGAGGUAACGGAGCCGUAGCUGUGGGGGGGCUACGGACGGGAACCCCCUGGCUGUCCAGGCGGACGGAUCGCACUGACACGCCGGCCGCGGGAGAGAUCAUAGUGGAACCAUGGCUGAGAUCUCCACCCUAACUCCAUCACCGCCUGCAUUAGGCGAUCCUCAUGGAGCGCCGUCCCUCCCCCCGCCCUCAGCAGUGCACACUGCUCCCAGCAGCCCUGCUCCAGAGGCCACCAAGGAGGCUACCAUCCCCAAAUCUUCUCUCUACCAUGACAAAGCUCUUGUUGGAAGCACCCCUGUAGCACAGUCAGGAGGUUCACCGCUGCCUCCCCCAAAACCCAUGCAAGGCCCACCCUCACCUCCCCCCAAACCUGCCCCAGGAUUGCUUGCUGGUGUGGAUCCUCUCCCUUUAUCAAUAGAGGAGACUAAUCCACAGAAUGAAGGAGAGGCAGGGAAAGAUGCAGAGAGUGGAGCGGCCUCAGUUCAGGUCAUUAAACUGGAGAGCAGUGACCCAGGUUCUGCAGACCUCUCGAAAACCCCACCAGAGACCCCUGCUGAGGCAAAUGAGCCUUCAGCUCAGGGCAUAGAGCAACAGGCGCCUCUUUCCCCUGAUCUUAAUCCCAGUCCUAAUCUCUACCCCAGUGUGCAUGUCACCCACAACCCUAAUCCUGUCACUGAUGCAAGCCAACCCCAAACCACUGCAGCUUCAGACACCACACCAGCCCCCCCAGGCUCCACCCAAACAGCAGUGACAGCAGAAGUAGCGGCUGAGGAAGAAAAAUCUCAGAUCCCACAACAAGCACAGAAUCCUCAAACUCCGCCUCCUCCUCUGUCCCCAAAACCCGACUCUCUCAGCGGAGCGGGGAAACCGGAUCUGCCCGGCACUCCCACCAGAGCCGAACACUCCAGCCCCUCUGUCCCGGUGAUCCAAGAGCCGUCUUCUUCCCCCUUCCUCCCCAACCCCACCCCCCGGCCAGCUCCCGACACCCUCAGCUACCUGGAGUCGGCCAGCCUGAUGUCGGGAACGUUGGAGUCUCUGUCUGGGCUCGGAGAGGAUGGGAGCUCUGUGGGCUCAGACUCUGAGAUCAACGGGCUGGCCAUCAGACGCACUGAUAAAUACGGCUUCCUCGGUGGGAACCAGUACAGCGAAAGCGGCGAAAAGGAAGUUCGGGUUGAAGUGGCUCGACAGAGAGAGAUGAAAUGGCUCGAUAUGUUCGGCAACUGGGACAAGUGGAUUAAACAUCGCUUCCAGAAGGUGAAGUUGCGCUGCAGGAAGGGGAUCCCGUCAUCUCUCAGGGCCAAAGCCUGGCAGCUGCUAUCCAACAGCAAAGAGCUCCUGGACGCCAACCCUGGGAAAUUUGAGGAGCUGGAAAGAGAGCAGGGCGAGGCUAAAUGGCUGGACAUCAUAGAGAAAGAUCUACACAGACAGUUCCCCUUCCAUGAAAUGUUUGCUGCUCGUGGCGGACACGGACAACAGGAUCUGUAUCGGAUCCUGAAGGCCUACACCGUGUACCGGCCUGAUGAGGGUUACUGCCAGGCGCAGGCUCCCGUGGCUGCCGUGCUGCUCAUGCACAUGCCUGCUGAGCAAGCCUUCUGGUGCCUCGUCCAGAUUUGUGAGAAGUACCUGCCUGGCUACUACAGCGCCGGUCUGGAAGCGAUCCAGUUGGACGGAGAGAUCUUCUUCUCCCUGUUGAGGCGCACGUGUCCCAUGGCGUACCGUCACCUUAAGAAGUUCAAGAUUGACCCAAUCCUCUACAUGACCGAGUGGUUCAUGUGUAUUUUCUCACGGACUUUACCAUGGGCCUGUGUGCUGCGUGUGUGGGACAUGUUCUUCUGUGAAGGGGUGAAGAUAGUCUUCCGUGUGGGCCUGGUGCUGCUGAAGCAGAUGCUCGGCUCUGUGGAUAAGCUUCGAGAACUGCAGGGCAUGUAUGAAACCAUGGAGCGUCUUAGGAACAUCGCACCCGACAUGAUCAGAGAGGACAUCUUGGUACAGGAGAUCAUUUCCCUCCCUGUGACGGAGGCUCUGAUAGAGAGGGAGUGCAGCAUCCAGGUGAGGAAGUGGCGGGAAUCCAGAGGGGAGCUGACGCACCAGCCAGGCCGCCGCCUCCACGGGACGAGGUCCAUUCACGAGUGCAAGCGCCGCGCCGCCUCCAUCAGCUCGGGCGGCAGCUUCUCAUUCCUGGGAAGCCCCGUCCCUCCGCCAGGACCCCUGCGGGCGUCAUCCAGCCUCCUCUCGCUCCCUGGCUUCCGCAAGUCCAGGACACCUUUCCACUCCCAAACCAAGAAGGGCUCCUUCUCUGGGCCGUCGGGAAUGGAGGGCCCGCCGCCACAGCCGUUCCCAGCAAUCUCAAGCCCGAGCCGAGGGCCCAGCCACAAACCACCCAUCCCCGGGGUGGGUCCCAGGGCACCGGCACCCCAUGUUCAGAGCCCCCUAGUUGGGACUGCGUCUGGCCCGUCUCCGGGGCCCGCUGAAGCCUCAGAAGCCACCUCAGCCCAGGGCCCGCCUGCCACGUCAGCCCCAACGCCAAACAAACCGCCACCCAGCACCCUGUGUCCCUCCCCUAAGAUCGUCUCAGAGCAAAUCACCCCCCACAUCCCCUCUCCCACUGCAAACAACGCCCCUCUGCCUCCCUGUCCAGAUGCAAAAAAAGAAGCCGCGGCGACCGCAGGCGGAGAGGAAGAAGGGAAGAAAAAGAAGAAGAGCAAAGAAGACAAGAAGAAGGAGAAGGAGGAUGAGAAGCAAAAACUGAAGGAGAAGAAGGAGAAGGACAAGGCUGAGAGAGAGAGGCUCAAGAAGGAGAAAGAGCGGCUGGAGAAAGAAAAGAAAAAAGAGAGGGGGGGAAAGAAAAAAGACAAAGGGGGAGGCGAGGCCGAGGAAAAAAAUGGAGCUACGGCACCAAGAGAUUCGGCCUAGUUUUCCACCCCAUCGUUCAGGCAGAAUUGAAAAGGACGCUGAAGAAAAUGGACAGGGGAACAAAAGACCCCCAGAAGCAGAGAGCAGUGAUUAAUAAAAAAAAAAAAAAAAAAAAAGAAAGAAAGAAGGAGGGGGGAGGGAUGGCUUCCUGUAUCAUGCAUCAUUUUAAAGACUUAAUGUAUUACCAGGAUUACGAUGGAGACAACUGGAUAAUGGUUUUAAUAGCACCUGAGGGAGGGGGGGGGGCUUGUGUCGCCCCUCACUCAAUGCUUUCUUUGUCACUGGGUUUUAGUCAGUUGGGACAAAUUUCCUUUUUGCAACUGGAGCACGGACUGUGAGGCUCUGAGUAAGUUCAGUUCACAUCACAGUCAUUAUCUCUUUUAGUUUUUUUUUUAUUAUUAUUAUUAUUGUUUGAUAUUUUUAUUGUUUUAAUCAGACUGAAGGCAAUGGGUAGGAAAAAAAAUACAUCAAUGAAGGAAUUCUUGCAAUGGAAACUUUGUGCAAAUAGUUAUGGUGCCAUAGAAGAUGUAAAUAGUAAAUCUACCUAUAUAGGAUCCUCUCUGCACUCCGUAAGCCCCCAUCAUUUUUCAUCUGUGGACAGGUUAUCUGGAAUGCCUGGAAAGAGAGGGAGAGAGAGAGGGAGGGAGAAAAAAAAAAGAAAACCAUUGAAAAUUAUCUCAAAACACAGGCACUGACGACAGCAAUGCUAUAGUACUAUUUGGGUGUUCAGGAGGAUGUAUUUAUUGUAAUGUUCAAUGUUGUGAGUGCGUGUGUGCCUUAGUAGUGUAGUGAUCUGUAGUGUUACUGUUCUGUGUGUUUCUGUCUGUGGCCUCACUGUUUGGUCUCCCUUUUUGCCUACUUUGUGUUUUUUGUUUUUUUUGUUUUGUUUUGGUCUCUUGAAUCAUUUCUGUAGCUCUCCUCCUGCCCUUUGCUUGCAUCUCUCCUGGGAGUUAAUCAGACAGCGAGGGGAGGGACGUCCGCGGGAACAUGCGGGCUAAAAGAGGAUGAAACGUUCAAAGUAACAGCCACCAUCUGACACCUUACAGUGGUGGCCCUCAGCUGUCUGUUAAUAGUUCAGAUAUGUGUGUAUCACAUAGGGAGCAUUUAAAAGCUGACUUUCUUUUUUUUUUUUUAUCUCAUUGUUUGCAAGCUAAAUUUAUUAAGUAAAUUUACACACAAAGAGAGAGAGAGAGAGAGAACACAACACAUUGAUGUACUGGUAGCCUGUAAACACGCUACCGGCAGGGACCCAGCAAAAGUCCUGCAGACCAAAUGUCCAUCUGUCAAAUUAGUAUUAUUUUGCUUUUUAAUGAACAAAAUAAUGUGUUUUAUUUAGCCAAAUGUUCACAUGGGUGAGGACUUGAGUUCAUUAACCCAUUAGAAUGUGAUUUCAAGUAUCUUAAGAGAAUGAAGGAUGAUUUUUUUUUUUUUUUUUUUUUGUUAUUAUUAUUAUUGGUUUGCACUGCCCUGUCGCAAAGCACCGCUGAAGUUGACCACUCCGUAUUGGUAGUUAUGUAGAAAGGAGCCUCAUGCAACAUGUUUCCCACGUUGGAAACUGCGCUUUGAGGACCUAUAGGAAGCCACUUGACUGGGCGUGCCAGGUGUGCCAAUGUAGCAUAAACCUCUGAACUUUGACCUUCGGGUUCUGAUGUAUUUAUGUACAAAGUUGGUUAAUUUAAUCAGAUAUAGUAUAUUAUGAAUUAUUGUUAUUUUGGAUCGGACUAUUUUUCUAUGUGAGUACUAGACACCUGGUUGACUGGAACGAUGGCCGGCUGCACACCGUGUGGUCGCAGAGGGAUCAUGUAAGUGUUGUGUAUUUUUAAUUUUGUUUUUAUUUUUAUUUUUAUUUUUUUUUGGUUUGCACGUUAUGGCGUCUGCUUUUACACGACAGAGUCAAUGCAUGUCUUUUGAAGUUUUUACGUUUACCACCAUCGGUUUUGGUCAUAGGUUCGCAAGUCUCCGAUUUACUAAAGUGCAGUAUUAAAGCGAUUUGGAGUGGAGUGGAAGAGUGGGCCUCGAGCAGAACAGCAAACACCGACCGGUGUUUUGGACAUGAUGUUUCGAGAGUAAACGUACUGUAUAGUCUACUAAAAGGUGAUUUAUGAGCUCUGAAAACGUCAUUUGGACACUUUGAAGUAUGUCUGUCUCAGAGUUGUGGUGUAACCUUCAUUAUGAAACUAUGGACUAACUCCCUAACCUAUUCACACUCAGUGUUUUAUGCUGUAACAUAUUUAUACAUACGUUAAACGGCACCGUACCCCGUCAGCAUAUGGUGAAUAGUGCCAGGUAGUUACUGUAAUACCACUUGAUGGCAAAAACAAAAACAAAACAAAACAAAUGAUACUCUCUAACAGCGAAUUCUCUGUACUGUUUUUGUAGUUCAGGAUUAGAGGGACUUGUAUGUAAUGGUAGCCAAAAUGUCCUCCAUGUUCACUGUCUGUCACUUGUUUCAGGUCUUAACAUAGUUGUUGUUUUUUUUUUUCUAAAAAAAAAAAAAGAAAGAAAGAAAAGAAAAAAAAAAAAUUGUAUCACACACUCCUCCUUUGCCCCAUCCCUCUGUUUUGAGUCCAGUCCAUUCUAGGUGCAGACAAGUGUAGUUAGUGAAAACCUGAACACGUCUAUGCAAACUUUACUCCAUCACGUGACUGUUGACCUUGUGUGACGAAAGCAGGACUGAUCUCAGCUCUGAUCUCAGCUCUGAUGCCUUCGCCACCAGCGGGGCAAAAAAAAAAAAAAAAAAUCAGAGUUUGUGCUGUAAGGAAAUAAAUCUACAGCAGGCCCAUGGGUUACAUUCUUCUAUGAGCAAUACUUCCUCGCAGCUCAUGUCUUUUAAAUCUCGACGAGUGUGUCUUCUUCUCUUUGACAAGAGGUCUCAAGAUGUCGCUAUGAUCAAAUGAAUCUCGCUGGUUCGUUUUGUUUUCCCUAACGUGGAAUCAGUGCUCCGCUCUGCAAUAUUGAGGAUAAAUCAAGAAGUCACGCUUCUUGUCAGGUCCUCGGUGCGUUUCUGCAUUCACCCCGAAACGGCUGUGAUUGAUUACACUUGAUUGGGAAACGACCGACUCAUGCAGAUAUUUCAAAGCAUCUCUCUGCUGCUUCUCUUCAUUUGUCAUGUCGUCUCCCCCAUCCCUUUUUUUUUUUUUUUUUUUUUUGUCUUUGUGUUUAAAAGUUUACAUGAAACUGUCUCUGGCGGAAAGUGAAAUAAAAUCAUAGCUAAUUGAAUUCAUUCCUUAACUGCAGAAGAUCUACACCUGAUGUAUUUAAUUGAUAAUGACAUUUGUGAUGAUGAGUAAUAAACCAUAAUAUAUUAAAUCA